GACAGAGAGCGCACGGCGCACAGACCAGACACAGGGAGGAGAGGAAGAAAGGCGCACAGAUUUCAGCAACACUCAGUUGGUUCUCCCACAAACUGGAUGUGCGCAACAGAUUUUUAAGACACGACAGGAGAUAAAGAGAACAGUUUGGAUGUUUUUAUGGAAAUUAGAGAAACUGGGAAGAGUCUGCGUUUUUUAAGCAAUCAAAUGUGUGUAGUUUUUUUCUCCUCGCUCCGCGGAGAAAGCAAUGCAACGGCUGAUUGAGAACGCAGCGCAUUUAAUAAGUUUCAAGAGGGAUUGAACUGUAUUGCAUUUUGGAACUAUUUUGAGGUCUGUUUUUGGCCGUCGCUGGUCAGAAUGCAACCUGGAAAAAUGAAGGGACUCUUUUUAACCAGGAUGUGGAAAGUUAUGGCUGUUUUGGCGCUGGCAACACAACACGUCACCGGUAAGACACUGAAAUAUCAGAUUUACGAGGAGCAGAAGGUUGGCACCGUUAUCGCCCGUUUGAAAGAAGAUGUAGCCGAUGUUCUGGCCAAACUUCCGAGUACAGUGUCGCUGCGCUUUAGAGCUAUGCAAAGAGGGAGCUCCUCGUUCCUCACGGUGCGCGAGCAGGACGGAGAAAUCAGCAUCAGGACCAAAAUCGACCGUGAGAAACUCUGUGAGAAGAACCUGAACUGUUCCAUUCAAUUCGACGUGCUGACCCUCCCCACUGAGCACCUGCAGCUGUUUCACGUCGAAGUGGAAGUGCUGGACAUCAAUGACAACGCGCCCCAGUUCGCCCGUUCCGUCAUUCCCAUUGAGAUUUCCGAGAGCGCGGCUGUGGGAGCGCGCAUUCCCCUGGACAGCGCCACAGACCCAGACGUCGCGGAGAACUCCCUGUACACGUAUGCCUUAGAGCAGAACAACUUCUUCAAGAUUGACAUCCAGUCUAGAACUGACGGGGCUAAAUAUGCUGAGCUGGUGGUGCUCAGGGAACUGGACCGUGAGGUGCGCUCAGGUUAUGAACUUAAAUAUUCGGCCUCUGAUAGGGGCGUUCCCCCGAGGACGGGUUCGACCCUUCUUAAAAUUAGUGUUGCAGACUCAAAUGAUAACAGCCCUAUUUUUGACAAGUCCUCAUAUAUCAUAAACCUACUAGAAAAUUCAUCUGUUGGCACACUGCUUAUUGACUUAAAUGCCACUGACGCAGACGAGGGCACUAACGCCAAAAUAGUGUACUCCUUUAGUAGUCACGUGUCCCCGAAAAUCAUGGAAACGUUCAAAAUCAACCCCGACAGUGGUCACCUGACCUUGAUCAGGCGCGUGGACUAUGAGACUGUCACCUCCUAUGACAUUGAUGUGCAAGCUCAGGACAUGGGUCCCAACUCCAUGCCUGCUCACUGCAAGAUCCUGGUCAAAGUGGUAGAUGUGAAUGACAAUAAACCGGACAUUAGCAUUAAUCUCAUGUCUUCCCAGGGGAACGGAGACGCAGCCUAUAUAUCUGAGGCUUCUCCUUUGGAUACAUUUGUGGCUUUGGUGAGGGUAGAGGAUUUGGACUCAGGGUUGAAUGGGGAGGUAGAGUGUAAACUUCAUGGCCAGGGCUAUUUUAAACUGCAGAAGACCUAUGAGAACAACUACAUGAUUUUGACCAAUGUCUCCUUAGACAGGGAGAAGAGGUCAGAGUUCAGUCUGACUGUGGUGGCAGAGGACCGAGGGACACCUAGUCUCUCCACUGUCAAACACUUUACUGUGCACGUUACUGAUGAAAAUGACAACCCACCUCGUUUUGAGAAGGGGCGCUAUGAGAUCUUUAAAUCAGAGAACAAUGCCCCUGGAGCAUAUCUGACUUCUCUUAUGGCCACUGAUCCUGACCUGGAUGCCAAUGGACAGGUGAGCUACUCGAUCUUGGAGAACUCUGUCCAUGGGAGUUCCAUCUCCACCUACGUCACCAUUGACCCAUCUAAUGGGGCCAUUUAUGCACUACGUACGUUUGAUCGUGAGGAUGUCAGCCGUAUUUCCUUUGUUGUUCAGGCCAAAGACGCAGGGAAACCACCGUUGCUAAGCAAUGCCACGGUUGUCCUGAACAUUCUGGAUGAGAAUGACAACCCCCCAGUCAUAGUUGUCCCUCAGCUUUGGAACUUCACUGCUGAUGUACCUGCUUCAAAGUUCACAGAGGCAGGUCACUUAGUAACAGUGGUCAGAGCAACAGAUAGAGACACAGGUGUCAACGCUGAGCUCAUCUGCUCCAUCAUCAGUGGAAAUGAAGAGGGUUUUUUCAUUAUUGACCCAAGAAGCUGUGAGAUUCAUGCUAACACCAGUUUGGAGAAUUUCCCUCAUGAACAUGCUGAACUGACAGUGAUGGUCCGAGACCAGGGAAGUGAGAGCCUCAGUGCCAAGGCGGUUCUGAAGAUCACCCUUUAUGAGAACAUGGAGAACCAUGUCCAGGUGAUGGACCAGGGGGAGUCCACCCUUGAUGCAUCCCUAAUUAUCAUCAUUUCUCUGGGGGCCAUCUGUGCUGUACUCCUAGUCAUCAUGGUGGUGUUUGCUGCUCGCUGUAAUCGGGAGAAGAAAGACACCAGGCACUCCUACAACUGCCGGGUAGCCGAAUCGACCCACCAGCACCAUCCUAAGAAGCCCUCACGCCAAAUCCACAAAGGUGACAUCACCCUGGUUCCUACAGUCAACGGAACCCUGCCAAUCAGAGCCCACCAUCGCUCUCCUUCUGCCACACCCCCUAUGGACCGGGCACCGAUGGGGAGUCGACAGAACCACCACAGCCGCCAAUCCUUGAAUAGCCUAGUGACCAUCUCAUCCAAUCACAUUCCAGAGAGCUUUGCGCUGGAACUGGCACAUGCAACGCCACCGGUGGAGCAAGUCUCACAGCUUCUGUCCAUGCUCCAUCAGGGCCAGUACCAGCCCAGACCCAGUUUCCGUGGCAACAAAUACUCCCGCAGCUACAGGUAUGCAUUGCAGGACAUGGACAAGUUCAGCCUGAAAGACAGUGGUCGUGGGGACAGCGAGGCGGGGGACAGUGACUAUGACAUGGGACGGGAGUCCCCCGUGGACAGGCUGCUGCUGGGGGAGGGCUUCUCUGACUUGCUUCAUCUUGAAAUGCACCAUCGACUCCACCCAGCUAUGAGACUGUGCACGGAUGAAUGUCGUGUCCUGGGACAUUCUGACCAGUGCUGGAUGCCCCCCCUCUCCUCCCCUGCUUCCUCCUCAGACUACCGCAACAACAUGUACAUCCCUGGGGAGGAGUCCUCCCAGCAGCCCCCACUGGAUGAUGACGAGGCCUCCAUUGACUCAGAGCGCCGCAAGAGUUUCUCCACAUUUGGCAAAGAGUCGGGCAACGAAGAGGUGGGGAGCGGGGGGGUUGCCGCUGGAACAGGAAGUGAGGCAUGCGGGGCAGGAGGAGGGGCUGGCUCUCUCCUCACAGAGAUGAACAGCGUCUUCCAGCGGCUCCUCCCCCCCAGUAUGGACUCGUUUGCUGAGUGCACCGAAACAAGCACACCCAUGCCUUCAUCAGCCCUUGAGCGAGCAAGCGGAUGUGGUAGCAGCCUUGUUGGUAACCAUAGCAACAAUGCUGUUCCCCAGGACAACCGGAAGGGGCUGUUGCCGGGUGGGAAAGGUCCCGCGUACCCUCCAGGUGUGGCUGCAUGGGCAGCCAACACUCACUAUCUGAACCCGGGAAGUGGAUCCGUGGGGACCAAUCAUGUUUCCUCCUCUUCUGCUUCUUCCUCUACCUCCACCUCCACCAAUGGACAGCCACCACACCUAAAAUGGCUGCCAGCCAUGGAGGAAAUCCCAGAGAACUAUGAGGAGGAUGAGUUUGAUGGCGUCUUCCAUCAGAGCCACCAGGGGAGCAAGCGCAGCGAGAGCCGACAUGAUGUCGGCAUGGAUGCCAGCGAGCUGGUCAAUGAGAUUAACAAACUGCUGCAGGAUGUCAGGCAGACCUAGAUAUAGAAAGGUGAUAGAAGAUAGACAGACAGGUUGAUGGAGAGAGAGAGAGAGAGAGAGAGAGAGAGAGAGAGAGAGAGAUGGCUUGCUGUGUGAUGGAGAACAUCUCACCAAGUAAUGUUUUAUCUCUGUGCCAACAUGUAUGAACUUUAAAAUGACUUUUUUCUUCUUCACUGUAAUGCUCGUACUUGUUUAUUUACCAAACAUCCUCUCAUGGCUCAGCGCUAUAUGAAGGGGAAAGACAUAAAGAAACGAGUGAAGUAUAGCACUGAAGUACCAAUCGAGGUGACUUAAAGACAUCAAAGCAAGGACUUGAAAGACAGAUUGCUCAGUGGUUUAUUAAAGUCGCCAAAAGUUGCUUGAAUGAACAUAAGACUUCAAAUGACAAUACAACACCAAGACUUGAUCCUUCUUCGUUUGUAAUGUUUACAGCAGCGUGACUCCGCAGGGAGAAACCAACAGUUUGUGCGUGCUUUCUUUUGCUUUUACGGUGUACAAUACUGUACAGUGUCUGUGGAAAAAAGCAAACUCAAUCAAAUAUCGUGGUAUGUCUCCCGUUUUGUUAUACGGAAUGUGAUUGUACAAUUGACCUUUGUAUUUUAAAAAUACACUCUUUUUUACUUCUAUAUAUUUAUAUGUGUCCAUGUAUGUUUGUACAGAAAAGGAAAAACAAAUGUCUAUUUUUUAUAUUGUCACUGCAUGUCUUAAUAUCACGUAAUGUCUCACUUUGCUUUUACUCUGUUUAUUUUAUAAAAUUAAUUGUAUUUAAUUUUGUUAUUGAAUGUGUGUGUGCAUGUGUGUGUGUGUGUGUGUGUGUGUGUGUGUGCACACGCACGUGCGUGUGUGUGUGUGUGUGUGUGUGUGUGUGUACUAAGAUAAUCACAGUCCAAUGGAGUUCCAUGUUGGAAGUUGGUUUUGUAUGGUAUUGUUGUGACCAAUGGAUGAUAAAUAAAGUGGAAAUCAGCA